AUGAUUUGCUAUGCAUUUUCUAUAAAUAACAGAAGAGGCACUGAGAGUGUGAUAAAUAGCAUAAUUACAGAUUUAGGUCCUAAUACAAUCAACAACAAGGAGAAUGGGUAUAGAUUUAGAAAAACAGAUCUAAUGCCGCAGGUUACAAAAAGUUUAAGUUCUUUGGAUAUGCAAUCCCAAAUUAAUUACGGAAAAGACAGCUGGCAAGCGAAGAAAUUAAUAAACGAAAAAAUAGGAAGCCUAAUAAAAAAGCAAGCCAACUUAAAUGCAGAACAUGAGAGUUUAAAUGAGCAGUUGAACCAUGUAAACCGGAAUGCACUAAAUUUGAGGCGUAGAAUUAGAAUAAUAAAAUCCGAACAAAAUCAGAUUCUUAGAGAAUUCGGGGAUAUGGGCAAGAAUAGUUCUGAUGCUAAAAAGGCGCCAAAGAAAAGCAGAGUAGGUAUAAAGGCCCAGCCAAAGGAAAAUUACCCUUUGCAGAGAUCAGAGAAACAUAUAGAUUUGCCAAAGGCAGUCAAGCGGCCGGAGCCAAAAAGGGAUUAUGUAGCUCCAGCAACAAGUGCUGUCUCAACAAAUUAUAUUCCAAAUGAAAAUGCAUUGCAGAAUAAAGUAGACAACGACGAAGCACAUUUCAACCCCCCAAGUAUCAAAAGAGAGAACAGCUAUGUAGUCUCUAAGGAGGAAAUGGAAAGUGGUUCUAUAUCCUCGAAGUAUACGGUGCUCGGAGUAAAUCAACAAGAAGAAGAUCCAGAGAAUCCAGAGAAUCCAGAGAAUGCAGGUAUAUACGAUUUCUAUAAUUUCCGCCAUGAAGAUUUAAAUAACGUAUAUGUCAAAAACCCAAGCAAGGACUUAAUUGAGUCAGAAAUAGGAUACUAUGACGAAAAAAAUCCAAUAGUGCCAAGAGAAACAUCUAGUGCAGAUGAUACUUUUUAUUGA